UUCAUGCUUUAGCUUUACAUAAAUCAUCAUUAUUGCCAUCCUUCUUUUCAUUUUAUUUUUUUAAAAAAUAAGAUAAUGACCCUUUUGCUAUAAAACCCCUAGUGGCUUAUUGAUCUUUUCUUUUGCUCCCUUCUGCGGAUUCCCUCCCCUCUUCCCCCGCUUCGCCGGAGAGUGAAGAUCAAAUGGAUCCAUGGGCGAAACGGCUCAAGAGCUCGGCGAGGGCGUCUGACUCGCCCGAUUCGUCUCAGUUCCCAGACGAGGUGUUGGAAAAAGUCCUCUCUUUCCUGGAAUCCCACAAAGACAGAAACGCCGCGUCUCUGGUGUGCAAGGAGUGGUACAGUGCAGAAAGGUGGUCCCGGACGAAGGUCUUCAUCGGAAACUGCUACUCGGUGUCGCCGGAGAUCGUCGCCCGGAGGUUUCCGAGGAUUAAGAGCAUCACACUGAAGGGAAAACCUCGAUUUUCAGACUUCAAUCUGGUUCCCCAGAACUGGGGUGCCGAUAUUCACGCUUGGCUGGUUGUUUUUGCCAAAGCUUACCCCUUUCUUGAGGAAUUGAGGCUGAAGAGGAUGACUGUUUCCGAUGAGAGUCUGCAGUUUCUAGCGACGUCGUUUCCGGGUUUUAAGGCAAUCUCCCUGUUGAGCUGUGAUGGAUUUAGCACUGAUGGGAUUAAAGCCAUUGCAACACACUGCAAGAACUUGACCGAGCUAGACAUACAUGAGAAUGCAAUGGACGAUCUGGGCGGGAGUUGGCUAAGUUGCUUUCCUGAAGACUUUUCGUCCUUAGAAGUCCUCAACUAUUCAAGCCUCAACAACGAAGUGAGUUUUGAUGCACUCGAGAGACUCAUCAACAGGUGCAAGUCCAUGAGGGUUUUGAAGGUUAACAAGGCCAUCAAUCUGGAACAGUUGCAGCGCCUCAUUGUGCGGGCCCCUCGUCUGGAGAAGCUUGGCACUGGCUCUUUCAACCAAGAUCUCAACCCCCAGCAGUGUGCUGAUCUUGAGAAUGCCUUUCGCAAUUGUAAACAUUUGAAAACCCUUUCGGGUUUAUGGGAAGUCAACUCUCUAUAUUUCCCCAUUAUCUAUCCAGCUUGUUUCAAUCUCACUUUCUUGGACCUGAAUGAUGCCUUCAUUCAGAGUGCUGAUUUCGCUAAGCUUCUUGAGCAUUGCCCUAACUUACGCCGCCUCUGGGUGCUUGACACAGUUGAAGACAAGGGACUAGAGGCAGUUGGCUACAGCUGCCCAUUGCUGGAAGAAUUACGGGUCUUCCCAGCUGACCUUGAUCUGGAUAUUGUUCAUGGUGUAACUGAGGCUGGAUUUGUUGCUGUGUCUCGUGGCUGCCCGAAACUCCAUUACGUCCUCUACUUUUGCAGGACAAUGACUAAUGCUGCCGUCGCGACUGUUGUCCAAAACUGCCCCGACUUCACUCACUUCCGUGUCUGCAUUAUGAGCCCGCAACUACCCGAUUACCUCACCAAUGAGCCCAUGGAUGAGGCUUUUGGCGCUGUGGUGAAGGGGUGCAAGAAACUUCAGAGGCUUGCAAUUUCCGGGCUGUUGACUGACCGUACGUUUGAGUAUAUCGGCACAUAUGCCAAAAACCUGGAAACCCUUUCUGUGGCCUUUGCGGGCAGUAGUGAUUGGGGGAUGCAGUGUGUGCUUAACGGUUGCCCAAAGCUGAGGAAGCUGGAAAUAAGGGACUGUCCAUUUGGCAAUGCAGCACUUUUGUCUGGUUUGGAGAAGUAUGAAUCUAUGAGGUCACUUUGGAUGUCAGCUUGCAAAGUCACUAUGAAUGGGUGCCGGCUGCUUGCAAAGGAGAUGCCGAGAUUGAAUGUGGAGGUAAUUAAGGACAUGACAGAUGAUGACAUUGUUGCAGAGAAGGUGUAUGUGUAUAGGUCUGUUGCGGGGAGAAGAAGAGAUGCCCCCUCUUUUGUCACGACCCUGUGAAAGCAAGGAAUGUUCCUCUUGUCAGCUAUAAUUUCAUCCGAAACAUGAUGCAGCAAGCGGGUCGAAGGAGACAAUGACCGAGAGCUGCUGAUCUUUCAAUUCCUUAAACUGGGAGAAGAUGAAGUGUGGUCAGACACUUGUCCAUUUCCCAGGUAACCAUUGUUUAACAAGAUGUGAUCUUCAUAAAAGAUUUUUGUGCUGUUCUGGGCAUCAUUUGAAGAAAAAGUGGGGCUUGAAGGGGGGUGACUAAGUUGAGCAAGGCUGUCCGGCGAACCAAAGGAGUUGAAAUUUGAAGCUUUGUCUAUGUUUCCUAAAGAUGUUUCUGAUGAUCGAACGUUGCCAAACCAUUUCAGUGAAGACAAUAUAGGCAUUUCUGUAAUAUACUGUUACAUUUCAUUUUGUUGAUUAUAAAUUAGAUCUUUGAGAUCAGGAUGGUGUGGUUUUACCUGAAUCUUAGUCCCUGAGAUUGAUUUAAAUUGGACUGAACUCAUCUUAAGCAUGUUAAAUGAUGCCUGCAGUUUAAGAGCAAUGCUUAAUUAAAUGUUAAGAAGUUUUUAUAUAAA